GUUGAUCACUGCAGCGUGGCAUGCGGAGCAGCAGCAGCAGCAGUAACCAGGCCGGCCAUAUGAUCUGUUCCAGCUCUGCAGCAGCGACCGGGACUCAGAGAUGAUCCUGCAACAGAUGGCAGCGUGAGACGACAAGGAAUGGCUUCCACAGGUAACGUCCUCCGUAUUCAGGGGGAUGAUAACCUCCAGUCCAUGCUGGUGGGGGCGGUGAUGAGGAAAAUCAAGUCUCGUACCUGGAAGAAGCAGCGAUAUUUCAAGUUGCAGGAAGACUGCAUGACCAUCUGGUACAAAUCCAAGAAGGCUGGCAACACACACUCCACAUUUUCUGUGGGCGAUGUGGAGGCCAUACGAGAAGGCCACCAGAGCGAGGUGCUCCUCAGCAUCGCAGAUGAGUUCCCAGCCGACCGAUGCUUCACGCUUGUCUUCCGAGGUCGCAGAGGCAACCUGGACCUGGUGGCUGAAUCAGCUGAGGAAGCACAGUCCUGGAUCAAGGGCAUGAAGAAGCUGAUUGAGAACCUGGAGAACAUGGGGGAGAGGGAGAAGCUGGACCAAUGGAUCGGUGACUGGUUCAAGAAGGCCGACAAGAACAACGACGGCAGGAUGAACUUCAAGGAAGUACAAGAUCUGCUGAAGAUGAUGAACGUGGACAUGAACGAACACCACGCUCAUCGUCUUUUCACUAUGGCCGAUAAGUCCCAGUCGGGUGCUCUGGAGGACGAUGAGUUUGUGCUGUUCUACAAAAUGUUGACCCAGCGAGAAGACGUCCUGAGGGUUUUCCAGGUGUAUACAGCUGAUGGUCAGAAGCUUUCACAGAGCGACUUGGAGGACUUCCUGAGAGAGGAGCAGCUGGAGGGGGGUGAUAUCCAGCAGCAUGCCAAGCAGCUCAUUGAACGCUACGAACCCUCAGACACAGCCAAGGCGCUGAACGCCAUGACGUUUGACGGCUUCUUGAUGUACCUCGGCUCUGCUGAAGGCUCCAUCUUCAACCCGCAGCGGAGGGGCAUCUUCCAGGACAUGGGCCAGCCGCUGAGCCAUUACUUCAUCUCCUCGUCCCACAACACCUACCUGAUGGAAGACCAGCUCCGUGGACAGAGCAGCGUGGAGGGAUACAUCAGGGCUCUGAAUCGCGGCUGCCGAUGUGUGGAAGUUGACUGCUGGGAUGGUGCCAACGGAGAGCCCAUCGUCUAUCAUGGACACACUUUAACCUCCAAGAUACUCUUCAAGGAUGUGGUCACUGCAGUGGGCAACUACGCUUUUAAGGUAUCAGAAUAUCCAGUCAUCCUGUCCAUCGAAAACCACUGCAAUGUGGAGCAACAGAGAGUCAUGGCCCAACACCUCAACCACAUCCUCGGUGACAAGCUGCUGAAAAGCACAUUGGAUGGAAAGGCCCUCAAUGGGCUGCCGUCUCCUGAGGAUCUUAAGGGGAAGAUUCUCGUGAAGGCGAAGAAGAUGGGAGGUCUUGAAGAGGCUUUCAAUGGGAUGGUGGAAGACUCUCUGACAGGGGAGGUCAGCGAUGAAGACGAGGCGGCUGAAAUAGAUGAAGAUAACCUUCACCGUGAGAGUGUCCGUCGCAGGCUUAAGAAGUCAAAACAACGUCUGUCCAAGGAGCUCUCCGACUGCGUUGUUUACUGCAAAAGUGUCCACUUCAGUAGCUUCAAACACUCUCGCAUCCACUCCAAGUUCUAUGAGGUGGCCUCUUUCACAGAGUCUAAAGCCCGAAAACACCUGCGAGAGGCUGGGGCAGAGUUUGUGCACCAUAACUCGCGACAGCUGACCAGGGUUUAUCCCACUGGCUUCCGAACUGACUCCUCCAAUUUCAAUCCUCAGGAAAUGUGGAAUGCCGGGUGCCAAAUCGUUGCGUUGAACUUUCAGACGGCAGGGGAGGGCAUGGAUCUGAACGAUGGGCUGUUCAGUCAGAACGGUCGCUGUGGUUACGCCCUGAAGCCCGACUUCAUGACGGAAACUGAGAAGAGGUUUGACCCUGAGACGCCUCAACAACGGGACAACUACCAGCCCAUCAUCCUCACCAUUCAGGUGAUCAGCGGCCAGCAGCUGCCCAAAGUCAACAUCAAAGAAGGUUCUAUCGUGGAUCCUCUGGUCCGAGUGGAGAUCCACGGAGUUCCUAUGGACCAGGCCAAGCAGGAGACCAGAUACAUCGAGAACAACGGAUUCAACCCGGUGUGGUACGACACACUGCGCUUCACCAUCCACACUCCUGAGCUGGCCAUGGUGCGCUUUGUGGUGGAGGACUACGACAAAACCUCCAAGAACGACUUCGUGGGCCAGUAUACGCUGCCUCUCAGCUGCAUGCAGCAAGGUUAUCGUCACAUUCACCUUUUGUCCAAAGAUGGAACCAGUAUUCCUCCCUCGUCUUUAUUCGUUCACGUCAGGUUCACAGAACUGGAAUAAGAAGCACUUGAAAGAACACUUUCAGCACUUCCUAUUCAGUAAUGAAACUCUAGAGAAUAUGUAAAGUUCCUGAGAUAGUGUUUAAUAUUAUUUGAUGUGAAUCAGUACUAUGCCAAAUGUUUAGAGCUUCUUAGGCAGCAGAGGUAUAUCGGAUCUGCAUGUUUUCUGUUUGUUUUGUUCAGUGUAGUGUGUGGAACUGUGGCUGACUUGAACUUUGCUGCUCGUGUUUGAUGUAUGACGUGUUUCUUCAGAGAUGUCGUGCUGCAGAGGAGAACGUGCCACUAUGUGUUUGGAUCAGGACCUACGGUAGAUUUUUCUGUCAGUAUUUUCUCUAACAAGCGGCACUUCAGGCUUUCACUUUGGUCCAAAUGCAAAACUUCAAACACAGCUAACGUUGCAAUUUGCACUCUGUAUGAAGAAUUUGUACGUUUGUGUUCAUAAAACUCCAUGAAAAGAUCAAAUUUAGUCCAACCUUUUGGUAAUAGAAAAUAUUUUUAAUACAAAUUCAGAUUUCAUUACAAACAAGCAUAGAUUUAUAUACAAAUGUAUAUCAAUAAGUGAAUAUAAUGCUGUCUAAUCCAACAGCUCUGCUAUAAAUCAGCAAUAGUUUAACUAUUUUUCAUGCACAUAAUAUUGCCCAUAUGGUUUUAACCCUUGUGUUGUCCUGCGGGUCAAAACUGACCCAGUUUAAAGUUUGAAAAUGUGGAAAGAAAAAAAAAAUCUUCACAGUGAAACUUCUGAUGUCCACAUUUUCAACAUUUUGGGGAAAUUUUUGAACAUUUUUGGUGGAAAAAAUAAAUGUUAAAAAUGUUUCUUAAGAACAUUCACAAAAAAUCAACCAAAAUCCAGCAGAUUUCGCUGGAUUUUGGUUGAUUUUUUGUGAAUGUUCUCAUUUUUGCACACAUUUUAUAUUCUUGGACAAACAAAGGAUCACUGUGUGCAGCUGAAUGGAGACACUGAAGUCUCAGAAAGUCAAACCUACAUUUUCAGAGCUGAACUUGGCACAUUUAUUACGUCUGAUCAAACUUCAUUUUUAAACCUGUUUGUUAUUAUAUGUAUAUAAUCCAUAUAUAAUUUCCAUACUUUACUGAAAACCCAAGUGUUUCUCACCAAGACCCAUGAUAUCUUUAUGAAUGAUUCAUUCAGGGAGUUUGUGCUACAUUUAAGCAGCAGAUUCUUUAUUUUACUUACAUUUAUUCAUAGAGAUUCUUUUCACAAAUGUUUUUUUAACUGUGGAGCAGCUCGAGGUCAAAGAUAAAGACCCAUUAUGAUGCCUCCCAGUGUUCCCAGUCAGAUCAAAGGCGAUUUGCUUGACUUUCCUUCCUCUUCUUAAGCUAGAAGUCACUAUUUAAUGCUGAGUAGUCUUGUGUCACCCUGUGUAUUUUUGUGCUACCCAUUUGUGUCAAUGUGUUUUGAUAUGUCUAUUUUUGUAUUCCCAGACACAUUCAUAUGUACUGUACAGCAUAGCACACUGUGUGUUUCAAUGAGUAUUUGCUUGUUUUUUUUAUUGUAGAUAAACCUCAUACUCAUUUGCCACAUUCAGCUGCAA